AUGUAAUAUGUUUCAGAGGUCUUCUGUAGUGUACUUGUUUUAGAAGCUAUUAUUUUUUGUUUUCCAAUUUUGCCUCUCUUCACUCCCUUCUACAGAAACCAUGAAUCCAACCAUUCUACUUGUGGUUGUUGCAGCUUUGUUUGUGAGUACUUUUGCAAAUGAACCAAACCCAAGGGUCAUUGUAACAGGUGCUGUCUUCUGUGGCACUUGCUCCACCAACACCUUCUCUUUGCACAGCUACUUCUUGCAAGGGGUGGAAGUGAAUGUAGUAUGCAAAUUCAAAGCAAACACAACAACAACAGAAUCCCUCUCCUUCUCAGCCAACACAACAACCAACAGAUUUGGAGUCUACGAAUUCGAAUUCCAGCCGCCCGUCGAUCGAUUCAAAUGCAAAGAAGGCCACACAAACGCGCCAUUUUGCAAAGCGAACUUGCUUAGAAGUCCAUCUCCCUUAUGCAAUGUACCUGGCCUGAAGAUCUCAACAGAACAUAUUGCAAUCAAAUCCAAACAGGCCAACCAAUGCAUUUACAGCUUGAAUGCAUUGAUUUACAAUCCACCCAAAAGAGAUUUUUCUCUUUGUGGAUCUUCCAAAGAUACAUUUUCAAGCUCUUUCAAUGACUCAAAGUUCUUUUUUCCGCCUUUCGGAUUUCCAUUUCCUCCGUUUGGCUUCCCUUUUCCCAAUUUGCCACCGCUUCCUCAAUUCCCACCAUUGCCACCAUUUCCUCAGUUUCCACCGUUGCCGCCAUUUCCUCCAUUGCCACCAUUUCCUCAGUUUCCACCAUUGCCGCCAUUUCCUCCAUUGCCACCAUUUCCUCCAUUUCCGCCAUUUCCUCAAUUACCACCAUUUCCGCCUCUACCACCAUUUCCUCAAUUGCCACCUUGGCCUUCAUUGCCUUUCCCUUUCAAUCUCUCUCCGACACCAUUUCCAAAACCUCCGGCAUUGCCUUUCCCAUUCCCGCCUUUGCCGCCAUUUCUGUCGGCCCCACCUCUGUUUAGAUCGUCUCCUCCACCACCUGCCUUCUCUCUGAGAGACCCAAGAUCUUGGUUUCCUUUUUGGCCUCCAUCUCCUCCUGGUGGUAGCCCGCAGACCCAGCACCCAUGACUACCAUUUGUACAAGUUGGGCCGCGUUUGGAUGCACUAUCGAAUUGAAUUGCAAUUCUACUUCAAAUUCAAUGAGUGGGCAGGACCAAAUUGCAGUUGCCUUCCUUUGCAUUACCAAUUACGUUGUUUUUCUAUUGUAAUUUGAGGGCUAGUUCGAUUACCAUUUGGUCAUCUCCUCUGUACUGGACUAAUUAUUGCAAUUGGAUUCGGUAGCACAUCCAAACGCCGCCACAGUUUGAAUUAGAUUGCUGGUAUUGUCUAUGUAAUGUUAUUACAGUAUA